AAAAUUUUUUAUAUUCGAGUUGAUCAGGGACAGGGAAUGGUCAUGUCGAAAAGUCCUGCAGAUUCAACGAGAGUUUUUAUCGACGAAGAACGCCAAACGCAUCUAUGUAAGGUUUGGAGGGAAAAAAUUCUACCUAAAUGGGAGCAGAAGAAACAUUCUCGCAAGUUACGAGACCUGGUAUUUGAAGGGAUACCACCAAGUGUACGAGGAGAAGCUUGGAAGAGAAUCAUUGGCAAUUCAUUAAAAGUAACACCUGAGUUAUACUCCAUACUAUGUGAACAAGCAGACAAAUCUAGAAAAGACUUUGAAAAGCUAAGUGGUGCUAUAGCAGAUGCUGAUGGAGAUGUAGGUGGUUCGGGAGGAACUGUAGAGCAGCUAUACUCAAGAGAGCGUUCUGCCCAAAAGUCCAUCAAUUUGGAUCUUCCGCGAACCUUUCCUGAACUUGCUUUUUUUCACGUUGAAAGCAGCCCACUUCAAGCACAGUUGCGUGAAUUGUUGGAAGCUUACGUAUGUUUUCGACCAGACAUUGGAUAUACACAAGGUAUGUCCUAUUUGGCAGCGGGUCUUUUGUUGUAUAUGGAUGGCUGUGACGCCUUUAUAAGUUUUUGUAAUCUUUUGCAUCGAUCUUGCUUCAUUGCCUUUUUUAGUAUGAAAAUGCCAGAUGUUCAAAUAUAUCUACAGACUCAUCAGCGUCUGUUCAAAUCAGAACUUCCAGCAUUAUAUGAACACUUUGACAAAAUAAGAAUUGAGCCAGAAAUGUAUAUGGUGGGUUGGAUAAUGUCAGCAUACUGCAGGUCAUUACCACUUGAUUUAGUCUUUCGCGUUUGGGAUGGAUUUAUACUGGAUGGAGAUGCAUAUCUUUUUCGAACUGCUUUGGGCAUUCUUAAAUACUUUGAAGACGCGCUACUGAAGAGUAGUUUCGAAGAAUGUGCUUUUCUUCUUUCCCACCUUCCACAAGAUCAAAUUGUACCCAGUGUUCUUUUUCAAAAGAUUCGAAGUUUAUCUGGAGUUUCCAAACAAAGGUUCAAACAUAUCUAUCUCAAAUGUGAAAAAGAAAUCUGCCUAUGGAACAGAGAGAAUUCCUAUGUUCAUUCAAAGGAAUGAAGUCUUUCAACUAACAAGAAUGCUCCUCUCCACUAACUUUCAUGCGAGCUUCGAAGACGUUAUCUUAAAGUGUUUCCUGAACCCCUGUUGUGAUCAUCUUUCCAGUCGUCCCAUUUCCUUUGUUUGUAUAUUUCUACGUCAUCUUCAGUCAACUCCUUUUGUUCUACUUUAGUUGAUGGUUUCCUAUGUUGUCGUUGAUGGUUAUGCUGAUGUUGUAAAGGAAAGCAGGGAUCGUCAUCAGGAAUACGAAACGAAGGAGGUUGUUUUACUAUUGGUUCAGAAAAUCUCAUUCUUCCUAGUUUUAUGAAGGCCGGCUGAGUAUUCACAAUUCUUUGACUUUCCC